AUGAACGGCGACUCAGGCAAGCGCGAUGUCAAGAACCACCUGCUGUUCGAAAUAGCUACUGAGGUUGCCAAUCGAGUGGGUGGGAUUUACUCUGUUCUCAAGUCCAAAGCUCCUGUCUCGACUGCAGAAUAUGGCGAUCGCUAUGUCCUCAUCGGGCCUCUCAACAAAGCUUCGGCUGCGGUCGAAGUCGAACAAAUCGAGCCGCCACAAGGGCACCUUCGCGACACAAUAGCUGCCAUGCAAGAGAGAGGUAUCGAGAUAAUGUAUGGACGUUGGCUGAUCGAGGGCGCACCACGAGUUCUUCUCAUCAAUACCGGUACCGGCUACCGGUGGCUCGACGAGUGGAAAGGUGACCUGUGGACACAGGCUGGUAUUCCGUCUCCGGCUAGUGACCACGAGACCAACGAAGCCAUCGUGUUUGGCUAUCUUGUAGCGUGGUUCUUGGGAGAAUUCGUAUCGAGAGAACAAACCCGGGCUGUCAUCGCCCAUUUCCAUGAAUGGCUCGCAGCUGUUGCGAUACCACUGACCAAGAAACGGCAGAUGGACCUCACCACUAUAUUUACCACUCACGCCACGCUCCUCGGCCGCUACUUGUGCGCAGGCUCAGUCGACUUUUACAACAAUCUCCAGUAUUUCGACGUCGAUUCUGAAGCUGGCAAACGUGGUAUUUACCACAGAUAUUGCAUCGAGAGAGCUGGCGCUCACAGCUGUGAUGUCUUCACAACCGUCUCUCACAUUACUGCCUUCGAGAGCGAGCAUCUCCUGAAACGCAAGCCCGAUGGCGUCCUCCCGAACGGUCUUAACGUCAAGAAGUUCUCCGCUGUUCACGAAUUCCAAAACUUGCAUUCCGUACAGAAAGAGAAGAUCCACGAGUUUGUGCGAGGCCAUUUCUACGGCCACUUGGAUUUCGACCUCGAGAACACGCUCUACUUCUUCACGGCCGGGCGCUACGAGUAUCGCAACAAAGGCGUCGAUAUGUUCAUCGAAUCCCUUGCUCGCCUGAACCACAGGCUCAAGACAUCUGGUACAAAGACAACCGUCAUCGCAUUCAUGAUUAUGCCUGCGCAGACUUCUUCACUAUCAGUCGAGUCACUUAAGGGUCAGGCCGUCACCAAAUCGUUAGCCGAUACUGUCGGCAACAUCGAGCGUGGUAUUGGACGAAGACUCUUCGAGCGCGCUGUACACUGGAAGGAGGGCGACCCCAUGCCUGACGAGAAGGAGCUGAUAACACCAGCAGACCGAGUUGUCCUCCGAAGGAGACUAUUCGCUAUGAAACGCUCCGGGUUGCCGCCUAUUGUCACACACAACAUGGAGCUUAUAGAGAACUCGUCCGACUAUGGUAUCUACAUCGUCGACAGACGGACGAAGGGCGUCGACGACUCCGUCAAUCAACUGACCGACUUCAUGUUCGACUUUGCUCAGAAGUCUCGCCGGCAAAGAAUCAACCAGAGGAAUAGGACAGAAAGGCUUAGUGAUCUUCUCGACUGGAAAAGAAUGGGCAUGGAGUACGUCAAGGCCCGACAGCUUGCUCUGCGCCGCGCAUAUCCUGCCUCGUUCCAAGAAGAGGCUGAGUUCGACGAUAUCAUCGGCGGAACAGAACAAAAGAUCUCAAGACCACUAUCUGAGGAAGAAGAGCCCGACGAGUAUGCCUUCCCACUUACACUCAAGAAACCAAAGACCGGCGCCGACUCGCCCGCUCCGCUUGUGGGAGGAGCCAAUGGGGCGUCGUAG